CGUUAUAAGCAGUCUCCGCAGAUUUAAUUUGCUAGGGUUUUCUCAGACGGUCAUAAUCCCAAAUUCCUAGAGCUCACUCUUGUGCGUCCUCUCUCCGCCGUCCAAAAUGGUUAACGUUCCAAAGACAAAGAAGACAUACUGCAAAUCCAAGGAGUGCAAAAAGCACACCUUGCACAAGGUUACACAGUAUAAGAAAGGGAAGGAUAGUCUUGCUGCUCAGGGAAAGCGUCGUUAUGAUCGCAAACAAUCAGGUUAUGGUGGACAGACCAAGCCCGUCUUCCACAAAAAGGCCAAAACUACAAAGAAGAUUGUGCUAAGGCUGCAAUGCCAGGGUUGUAAGCACGUUUCACAGCACCCUAUCAAGAGGUGCAAGCACUUUGAAAUUGGUGGUGAUAAGAAGGGAAAGGGGACCUCUCUGUUCUAAGAAGCUGGAGAAUGCCGUUGGAAUGCUUUUGUUUUGUAAUCUUUCAUUUUGUUCGACUAUUUUAGAAUAUUUAUCAUCUUAUAUGGAUUUGACGUUAAGCUGUUCUAGCAAGUAUUGAGUUGUUUGUGGAGGAUGGUUCAACUCAGUCCUUUGUCCGCUAUGAUUCAUGAUCAGUGAUUUUAAGCUUCUUCUCGUGUGUUUGCUUUAGGGCAAUUAUAUAGUUCAUAGUUGUAGUCCUUGCUGUGCAUACUUCGUCGGCGUGGGAGUUGGAUUCUUUCUCUCUCGGGGAUAUAAUUGCUGGUAAUAUAAAGUCGUUGAGGGUGAAAGGUGCUGAUUUGGUGGCUUUCUUCGUUUUCA